CGCUCUGGACCUCAGACUGGGGCGAAGGUUCAUCUUCCAAUGGGACAACGACCCUAAGCACACAGCCAAGUUAACAAAGGAGUGGCUCUGGGACAACUCUGUGAAUGUCCUUGAGUGGCCCAGCCAGAGCCCAGACUUGAACCUGAUUGAACAUCUCUGGAGAGAUCUGAAAAUGGCUGUGCACCGACACUCCCCAUCCAACCUGAUGGAGCUUGAGAGGUCCUGCAAAGAAGAAUGGGAGAAACUGCCCAAAAAUAGGUGUGCCAAGCUUGUAGCAUCAUACUCAAAACUGCACAGCGAUUCAUUGAUUUAUAUUGAGCACCACCGGGUGCAAGUAAUCAAAGCAAAACUUGAAUAGAUUUGUAGGUAAAGUAUCAAGUAUGCAAGUGGAAGUUCUCAUACCUGAUACUACAAGUGCAGCGUGAUCAAGCUGCAAAAAAUGUGAAAAAGGAGUACCUGAAAAACUGGAAAAAUAAUAAUGGGAUGUAAGUGAGGGGUCCAUGUGACCCCUCUUAAGAUGAAGUGAUGCCGCUGGGGUCCGUCUCUGACCACAAUAGGUGUGUAAUUGGCUACUGUAUUUCAUUACAUUACUUCUCAGGAAUUUUGACAAUUUUGUCUUCUCUUAGACCAAAUGAAGGUCACGAUCUGAUCUAAAAAAAAAAGUACUAAAAAAGGAUUUUCCACUGAGAGGUCAACAACAGCAACAUUCAAACAGCAGAGAUAAGGUUUUCAAGAUAGGCAAGUCAUUUUGUUUUUAUAGCUGCCAUGAUUCAGCUCAUUAACAAUUAUAAUUUACAUAUACAACAAACAAAAUCUUAUUUUAAGAUUAUCUUAGCUGAAAAAAAGUCUUGUUGAAAUAAUUUAUAAUAAGGCCAAGAACCAGGUAAUUCAGGUAAAGAGGCUGCUCGACCAGCCAGGGGACAUGCAAGCGAAGGUGUAGGCAACAGUCUGUCCAACAGGUGGCAAUAAACUUGCUCAUAAACUAAAAUAAAGCUCCACAAACAAAUGUUAGGUAUGCACGGCUCAAAUAGAUUUGGAACAAACCAAAUAAAUUACUCAAAGAAAUGGCAUGGCUAGCAUAAAUCCAUUUAAGUGUAUAUGAAUACUAUAAAGGAGAGAGAGAGAGAUAGAGAGAGAGAGAGAGAGAGAGAGAGAGAGAGAGAGAGAGAAAGAAGAAUAUAAAUGCUCCAAAACAAAAAUUCUAAAAGUUUGCAUAGAAAUGUGAUAAUAUGUUAGUAAAACAUUUAAGAGAGGGAACACAGCAAUACAUAUAAAACUAAAAAUACAAAGUAAUAAAAAGUGAAUAAGGACAAAAUUAUUCGAAAACAGGAAUGCAGGAAAAAAAUACAGCAAUGAGACGAAUAAAUAGAUUAACUGAAGAAAUAAAAAUGACCUAGUGAAGAAAAUGUAACAAAGACGUAAGCCUCUAAAUAUCAUCGUACUUGUUAAUAAAUAAGGUUUUAAAAAAUUAAAUAAAGUAAAACGGCUCAAUUUAUUGUGUCACAUUAGUUUUGUUCGCCUCUGCAGACCACCGAUCGAGCUCCCCCUCCACAUGGGUCAACAGCUCUCAAAUUCACUGAUCACUACAUAUUCAUCCAAACACAGCGCGACUGCUUAAAACUGUUGUUCUGAUUGGCUGAAUCAAAUGUCACUCAAAGUUCAGCCACAUCCCCAUUUCUGGACGUCAAAUCUGCGAAAAACUGCAACAGUCUACAUUGAGGGGAAAAACUAUUACAAAUGGUUUGCCCCCCCUCCCAAAUAUUAGUGGUUUAAUCGCCAUUUUCAAUCGGAAGUUUAAGGAGAAGACCUCAUUUAUUUUUCACUCUGUUCGGUGUGUGGCCGUGUGGGGAUGGAUGAGAUGCGGCCUAGCAGCGGAUCAGCAGCGCACCUCGGUCUCGCGUCGCUCUUUCCCCCGGGAUUGCAGGCUAUUUACGGGGAAUGCAGGCGCCUGUACCCCGAUCAGGCGAACCCGCUGCAGGUUACAGCCAUUGUGAAGUAUUGGUUAGGGGGUCCAGAUCCUCUGGACUACAUUAGUAUGUACAGAAACGUGGGGUGUCCUGGCCAAGACAUACCAGAACAUUGGCACUACGUCAGCCUUGGUCUCAGUGACUUGUAUGGGGACAACAGAGUUCAUGAAUUCACAGGUCAGGAGGGCCCGAGUGGUUUUGGUUUUGAACUCACAUUUCGCUUGAAGAGGGAAGCAGGAGAGACCGCACCCCCCACAUGGCCAGCUGAACUCAUGCAAGGCUUGGCUCGAUACGUCUUUCAGUCUGAAAACACAUUCUGCAGCGGAGACCACAUUUCAUGGCACAGCCCGUUGGACAACAGCGAGUCCAGAAUCCAACAUAUGCUACUCACAGAGGACCCACAGAUGCAGGCAGUGCAGACUCCCUUUGGUCAUGUCAGCUUCCUUCAGAUUGUGGGCAUUUGUACAGAGGAGCUGCAAGCCGCACAGCAGUGGAACGGUCAAGGCAUUCUGGACCUGCUGAGAGGAGUGCACAUUGCUGGGGGUCCAUGGUUAAUCACUGACAUGAGAAGAGGGGAAACCAUAUUUGACAUCGAUCCACACUUACAAGAACGGGUGGAUAAGGGCAUCGAGACAGACGGCUCUAACCUGAGCGGUGUCAGUGCCAAGUGUGCCUGGGAUGACUUGAGCCGCCCUCCCGAGGACGAGGACGACAGCAGGAGCAUUUGCAUUGGGUCACAGCCACGCAGGUUGUCUGAUAAAGACACUGAACAGAUUAGAGAAGCCUUGAGGAAAGGACUGGAGAUUAACAGCAAGUCUGUCUUGCCUCCCAUCAGCAGUCAGAGACACAGUCACGACCGGCCACAACAAUCAGUUGGACAUUUGCAGACCCAGCAGAACUCAAGUCGUAAGGACAGUCUGGAGAGUGAGAGCUCAGCUGCUAUUGUCCCUCACGAGCUGGUGCGAACACGACAGCUAGAAAGUGUGCACCUGAAGUUCAACCAGGAGUCUGGAACUCUACUCCCACUGUGCCUCAGAGGUCGGCUACUUCAUGGCAGACAUUUCACAUAUAAAAGCAUUAAUGGAGAUACAGCAAUCACCUUUGUAUCCACUGGAGUAGAAGGAGCCUUUGCCACAGAAGAGCAUCCGUAUGCAGCACAUGGCCCAUGGCUACAGAUAUUACUUACCGAGGAACUUGUAGAGCAAAUGCUAGCUGACAUCCAGGAUUUGAGCUCCCAUGAAUCUAAGCUGCCGAAGGAGUACAGCUGGCCCGACAAGAAGCUCAAGAUCUCUGUCCUGCCAGACACAGUGUUUGACAGCCCAUUGCAAUAGACUGGGAGCUUGCUGUCUCUUGUUACAAAUCCACAUCUCUAGAAAGAAGCUAAACUUCAGGGCUCUUGUCAAAGUCAUGUGCCUAUAAAAACAGAAGGAAAGCCUGAAGGAAUCAGACAUUUAGACAUUUCCCCUAUUCCCAGAGAGCAUUGUUAUAUGAUGGCACAAGACCCAAAGCAGUAAGGUUUUGUCUUGUGUCCAUUAUACCACUUGUCUUUGAAUUGGUGAAUUCACCUUUAAGAAAUCUUUUCAAAAACAUGUCAGGUUGAUGUUUUUCUGGUGUCUGCCAUUUCAAGAUUCCAAAGACAAUAAGAGCAAAUUCUUUAUCUUAAUUUAGCAGCAUGAGAUAAUGUACCAGCACUGGUGCCUUCAUUCACCACAGAAUGGACAAAAAUGUUUGAGAUAACAUUUGCUCUUCUGAAUCCUGCUUCAAAUGUGAAUGAAAGCACACUAAGGAAUAAGCUUUUGUGAAUCAUUUUUAUCUAAAAAAAAUUGCUGUUAUGGCUGAGUAUAAAAUACAGUAGUGCCUAUUGUAAGUUGAUGAUCUAUGGUAAUGUCUGUUCAAUUUGUCAAACAAUAGGUGGUCAGUCAGUUCACCUACACAAUGCCAAAGCAUGUACAGUACUGGUGUUUUCUACACCAUGUCUAAUGGACUGUAAAGAUGAGAAGCAGGAAACUGUUCAAUUAUAUUUUGUUUUGUUUGAUUUUUGUUUACCAUUUCACAUGUAUUGGACUUCAUUUCCUUAACACUUAGCGAUUGCAUUCCAAGCCUCUUUGUAAGGAAGCAAACUAACUGAUUCCUGGACAGCAGUCUCUUUUCACAGAAUGUGCAUUUGUUAUUUUUGGGAUAUGUGCUCAAUAAUAUAGGUCAAAGUGUAAAAAAGAACCUCUAUUAGUGCUUUUUAAAAGAUUUUAUUUAGUGUAAUGACUUUUUAUAUUCUGGAGAAUCACUACACUGCCUGUGGUUUUGUUACUCUUAAGUGCAUUAAAGUUAUUUACAUAA